AUGGCACCGCGUCGCAAGCGUGAACGAGAGGAAAACUCGGCUGACCGUGCUCGUGGAAGCGAUGAGGAAUUUGACGAGGACGAAGAACUCGGUGAGGAUCUCUUUGGUGAGAACUACGAGCAGGAUUACCUUAACCCAGACAACGACAGCGAGAUUGCAGAGGAUGAGGUGGCGGAUGAGGAUUGGAUAGAUGAUAACAGUGAUGUCUCUGUUAUUUCUGAGGCAGGACGAUUGGCGGUUGAUGCAAUGCUGGAUAGACGGAAGGAAAUGGAACAACAACUACGUGUUGAGCAGCAACAAUUGGAAGAAGGUGUCUUUAGUGAUGUGGAUGAUGAGGACUCUCUCAUAAGUGCGGAGGAUGAUUUUAGUAAUGGGGAAACAGGAGGUGAAGGGGCUGGACAUAAUGGAGAUGAUGAAAACAAUAAUGAUGAUAAUGAUGGUAAUGCGGCAGAUGCGAAAGAUGAUGGAGUAUAUGUGCGUGGUGAUCUUGAGGCAAUGGAUUUUGACUGGCGUCAACCACAGUGUGAUUUAGUAGAGUGGCUUGCACAAGAACUUCCACGACGUGUAGUUAAAAACCGUAUUUAUAAUUUUUAUUUAAAUUAUGUGGAACAUGGAGUUAGUGUAUAUGAACAAAAAGUAAAUUUAAUGACACGUGAAAAUGAAGAAAGUUUUCAACUUAGCUACAGUCAUCUUAGUAGAGCUUAUGAUUCUGUAUUAGCUUUAUGGCUUGUGGAUGUUCCUGAUCUUAUGAUAGAGUUACUUGAAGAUGCGGCAAAUUACUUUGUUUUUAGACUUUUUCCACAUUAUAAAAAAGUUCAUCGACAUAUUUUAGUUCGUAUUUGUGAUUUACCUUUAUGUGAUCCUAUUCGUGAUUUUCGUCAAAUUCAUAUGAAUGUUUUAGUACGUGUAGAAGGUGUGGUAAUUAGACGAUCCCCUGUUUAUCCUCAAAUGCAGGCUGUUCGUUAUGAUUGUGUACGGUGUAGUUACAUUAUUGGUCCUAUUUACCAACGUGGUGAUAAGGAACAACGUGUGAGUAUGUGUCCUAGUUGUCAUAGUAAAGGUCCUUUUCGUGUUAAUAUGAUUCUUACAGAAUAUCGUAAUCAUCAAACUAUUAUGUUACAAGAAUCUCCAGGAAAAGUACCACCUGGAAGAUUACCAAGAAGUUUAGAAGUUAUUCUUACAAAUGAUCUUAUUGAUCGUGCUAACCCUGGAGAAGAAGUAGAUGUGACUGGUAUAUACCGUAAUAAUUUUGAUCCCUUAUUAAAUAGUCGUCAAGGAUUUCCUGUUUUUACCACAGUCUUACAUGCGAAUAAUGUAAUACGUCGAAGUGCAGAAGUAGGGAAUUUUAGACUUCCAGAUGAUGAGAGAACUCGUAUUUUAGAACUCUCUAAACAUCCAAAUAUUAAACGAAAGUUAUUACAUUCUAUUGCUCCAAGUAUUCAUGGACGUGAAGAUAUUAAACUUGGUCUUCUUCUUGCCAUGCUUGGAGGUGUACCAAAAGAUGUAGGUGGAGAUCAAUCCCAUCGUAUUCGUGGUGAUAUUAAUGUUUUAUUGGUUGGAGAUCCAGGAUGUGCUAAAUCUCAAUUUUUAAAAUUUGUAGAAAAAACAGCCAAUCGUGCCGUAUUUACUACAGGAAGAGGUUCAACUGCUGUGGGUUUAACAGCAUCUGUACAUAAGGAUAGUAUUACUGGAGAUUUUGUAUUAGAAGGAGGAGCUCUUGUUAUUGCUGAUCGUGGUAGUUGUCUUAUUGAUGAGUUUGAUAAAAUGUCAGAUCAAGACCGUACAUCUAUUCAUGAAGCUAUGGAACAACAAACAAUAUCCGUUGCUCGUGGAGGUAUUGUUACCACAUUAUCGGCUAGAUGUAGUAUUCUCGCAGCAGCCAAUCCCAUUGGUGGACGAUAUGAUCCUUCUUUAUCAUUUGAUGCGAAUGUAAAUCUUACAACUCCUAUCUUAUCUCGUUUUGAUCUUCUCUUUGUCGUACGAGAUGAAGUGAAUGUGGAAUUAGAUGAAAAGUUAGCAACAUUUGUUUGUCAUUCGCAUAUUCGAAAUCAUCCACGAUCACAAGAAGAGAAUAAACGUUCGGAAAGAGAGUUACAUGAACAGUUAUCUAAACUUCGACAUAAGUUAGAAAAUACAACAACAGAAAAUGAACGUCUUUCUGUUGAACAGCAAUUACAAACAUUACGUCAAAGUGUAAUGAAUAAACCAGCACAAGAAGAUGAUGAUCCUUCCAGUAGCAAACCUCUACCACAGUCAUUGCUGAGAAAGUACAUUAUGUACGCUAAGGCACACUGUCAUCCACGUGUUUCUAAUAUUGAUGCUAACACGAUUGCACGACUUUACACAGAAUUACGGCAGGAAUCUAAACAUGGAGGUGUGGCCAUUACGGUACGACAUAUGGAGUCUAUUAUACGUUUAUCAGAGGCACACGCCAGAGUGCAUCUUCGUGAUUUUGUACGGGAUGAAGAUGUAAGUGCUGCCAUUUCCCUCUUUCUACGUUGUUUUAUUCAAACCCAAAAAUACAGUCAGCGUAGUUCAAUGGAAAGUCGAUUUCGAAAAUACUUUGACUCUGAUACAGAACCCCUUCCACUUAUUCAACAUCAUAUUAAAGUUGCUAUUCAUUCUAUUCGUAGUUUUGAACGGCAAAUGUCUGGUGGAGUGGAGCCUACCAAAGUUCGCAUUGAUGUUUCUCAACUGGAGCAUUGUACCACAAAUGUGUCGAAAGAGGCGUUAAAUGCCUUCUUUGAGUCCAAUGAAUUUAAGAAGGAUUAUACACUCAUUCGUGAUCCCGUAACGGGGAUGCCACUUCAAAUAGAACAUUCCUUGGUUUGA